AUGUUUGGGAUUCAAGACACGCUAGGAAGAGGACCGGCUCUGAAGGAAAAGUCGCUGGGCGCCGAGAUGGAUUCGGUCAGGUCCUGGGUCCGGAAUGUCGGCGUAGUGGACGCCAACGUCGCCGCUCAGAGUGGAGUGGCCCUGUCCCGGGCCCACUUUGAAAAGCAGCCUCCUUCUAACUUGAGGAAAUCCAACUUCUUUCAUUUUGUCCUGGCGCUCUACGACAGGCAGGGACAGCCAGUGGAGAUCGAGCGGACGGCCUUCGUGGACUUUGUGGAGAACGACAAAGAGCAAGGCAACGAGAAGACCAACAACGGCACCCACUACAAGUUACAGCUUCUUUACAGCAACGGUGUCCGAACAGAGCAGGACCUCUACGUCAGGCUCAUCGACUCUGUCACCAAACAGCCCAUAGCCUAUGAGGGACAAAAUAAGAAUCCCGAAAUGUGCCGAGUCCUGCUGACACACGAGGUGAUGUGCAGCCGAUGCUGCGAGAAGAAGAGCUGUGGGAACCGGAAUGAGACUCCGUCCGACCCCGUCAUCAUCGACAGAUUCUUUUUAAAAUUUUUCCUGAAGUGCAAUCAGAAUUGUUUGAAAACAGCGGGAAACCCAAGGGACAUGAGACGGUUCCAGGUGGUGUUGUCAACAACAGUCAAUGUGGACGGACAUGUGCUGGCUGUUUCCGACAACAUGUUUGUUCAUAACAACUCAAAGCACGGAAGGAGAGCGAGAAGGCUUGACCCAUCAGAAGGUAGGACCGGGAGCCAAACUGAGUUGUUCUUUCUUGUCUUCCCAGCUACACCCUGCAUCAAAGCCAUCAGCCCAAGUGAAGGCUGGACCACAGGAGGAGCCAUGGUCAUCAUCAUUGGUGACAACUUUUUUGAUGGUCUCCAAGUUGUGUUUGGUACCAUGCUUGUAUGGAGUGAGCUUAUAACACCUCACGCCAUCAGAGUACAGACCCCUCCCCGGCAUAUCCCCGGAGUUGUGGAGGUGACAUUGUCUUAUAAAUCCAAACAGUUCUGCAAAGGAGCCCCAGGCAGGUUCAUUUACACAGCUUUAAAUGAACCCACCAUAGACUAUGGCUUCCAGAGGCUGCAGAAAGUCAUCCCGAGGCACCCAGGAGACCCAGAGAGGCUAGCUAAAGAAAUGCUGUUGAAAAGAGCUGCGGACUUAGUGGAAGCCCUUUACGGCACACCUCACAAUAACCAGGACAUCAUCUUAAAGCGCGCUGCCGACAUCGCAGAAGCUCUGUACAGUGUCCCCAGGAACCCCAGCCAGAUUCCAGCUCUCUCCAGCUCCCCAGCUCACAGCGGUAUGAUGGGCAUCAACUCUUACGGCAGCCAGCUCGGGGUCAGCAUCUCGGAAUCCACUCAAGGAAACAACCAAGGAUACAUUCGCAACACAAGCAGCAUCUCCCCGAGGGGAUACUCCUCCAGCUCCACGCCUCAGCAAUCUAAUUACAGCACCUCCAGUAACAGCAUGAACGGCUACAGCAAUGUUCCUAUGGCCAACCUGGGGGUGCCGGGAUCGCCGGGAUUUCUGAACGGCUCGCCCACAGGCUCCCCAUACGGAAUCAUGUCAUCGAGCCCCACCGUUGGAUCCUCCAGCACUCCCUCCAUCCUCCCGUUUUCCUCUUCCGUUUUUCCCGCCGUCAAGCAGAAGAGUGCCUUUGCCCCUGUCAUCAGGCCCCAAGGCUCCCCUUCGCCCGCCUGCUCCAGUGGCAACGGAAAUGGAUUCAGAGCCAUGACGGGACUUGUCGUACCCCCGAUGUAA